GUAGCGGAAGUUAUCCCUGGCAGCGGAACCCCGGUCUCAUCUCGUGGCCAGCUCUGUAUAGCUCAGCAUGGCUGCUAUUGGAGUUCAUUUCGGAUAUACUUGCGCUUGUGUUGCGAUAUUUAAGGAUGGGCGUGCUGAUGUGGUCGCUAAUGAUGCAGGAGACAGAGUAACUCCAGCUGUGGUGGGCUACAGAGACACUGAGCAGAUUGUAGGCAUUGCAGCAAAGCAAGGACGGGUCCGCAACGCUGCCAACACAGUUGUUAAAGUGAAGCAAGUGCUGGGGAGAAGCUUUGAUGAUCCAGAGACCCAAACUCACAAAACGGAGACCAAGUGUCAGGUGGUCAACAGACAAGAGAAGCCUUAUUAUGAGAUUACAGCAGGAGAUCAUCCGGAGUAUGUUGCUCCAGAGGAUGUUGCAAAACUCAUCUUCCACAAAAUGAAAGAAACGGCGCAGUCUGCUCUGGACUCUAAUGUCACUGAGGCCGUCAUUACUGUACCUUUUGAGUUUGCACAUGCUCAGAAGCGUGCUUUGAGGGAGGCAGCUGAAGCUGCAGGCUUCCAUGUACUGAGGUUGAUCCAUGAGCCUGCUGCUGCUCUCUUGGCCUAUAACAUUGGACAGGACUGUUCUUCUGGAAAGAGCCAUGUCCUAGUGUAUAAGCUUGGCGGGACAUCCCUGAGUGUGACAGUGCUGGAGGUGAACGGAGGAAUGUUCCGGGUUCUCAACACCCACACUGACCACAGCAUCGGAGGAGAGAGCUUCACACAGGCUCUGGCCCAGCAUCUCGCCGCAGAAUUCAAACGCACCUUUAAGCAUGAUGUGAGCAGCAAUGCUCGGGCGAUGAUGAAGCUGAUGAACGGAGCAGACAUGGCUAAACACUCUCUGUCCUCACUGGGCUCAGCCAACUGCUUUGUUGACUCUCUGCACGAUGGCACUGACUUUGAAUGCAACAUCUCGAGAGCUCGAUUUGAGCUGCUCUGCUCAUCACUUUUCAACAAGAGCAUCCAGCCAAUCAGACCCCUGCUGGAGAAGGCUGGACUCUGCACCAGCGACAUUAACAAGGUGGUUCUCUGCGGGGGCUCAGCCAGGAUCCCUCGUCUCCAGCAGAUGAUCCGUGACAUGUUUCCUGAUGUGGAGCUUCUGACCUCAGCACCGCCUGAUGAGGUCAUCGCUGUGGGAGCAGCCCUUGAAGCAGGCUUACUGGUUGGCAAAGACUGCCUUGCUCCUGAGGAGGAGUCCGUCACAGUGGAUGUUUCUGCAGCUGACAUACUAGUGAAGGAGGUGGAUGAAUCCGGAGCUGAGGUGUUCACUGUUCUCCUUCCAUCGGGAACGCCGCUGCCAGCCCGGAGACAUCACGUCCUGAGCGGAGGGGGUGACCUGUCCUCCUUAUGUCUGGAGAUUUAUCAGAGAGGUGUAACGGAGGAGCCAGAAAAGCUAGCUAAGAUUGUGUUGAAGAACCUGCAGCCCAAGGAGGAGAACCACGACAUUGACACUGUGGUGACUAUGAAAAGAGAUGGCUCCGUUCAUGUGUCCUGUGUAGAACAGAGCAGUGGAAGGCCAGAGGUCGUCACCAUAGCAGCUGCAUCAUGAACAACAUGGCAGCAUGCACUGUCACUGCAAUGUUUUGUCUUAUUUUUUUUCAUUCAAUAAACAUAAUCAAACCUA